GCGCUGAAAGGAGAGAAGUGGGGCUGGCUGAUGCCUUGCCCCUCGCCUUGCCCCUCGCCUGCGGGUAGUCCCGCGCAAAUGGCAGGUGCUGUGGUGCCAGUGCCAGAUCCCUCCGUCGAUUUGGGUAGCGGACUCGUGCCAUGGUCUUGGCAGCCAAGGGACUCAUACCCAGGUUCCGCAGAUUUCACAGGAGAGCCCUACAUGGCGCAGAAGAUCCUGGCCCUGGAGGAGCAGCUUCUGAUGGCCAGGCGAGAUCGUGGGGAACUCGAGCUUCGAGUUAGCCGAGUUGGCGAACAGCUUGACCGGAUUUGGCAGGACCUAGCCGACGAACGCCGUGAGCGUCAGGUAGAAGCCAACGAGGAGCGCAUGCUGCGCAUGUCAGAGACGGCCGAAUUGAGAGAGGGCUUGGAAAAGCUCAACAAGGCUGUGCGCCUGGAUUCGGAGAUUGGAAUUGUGAACGACAUCCCUGUGCUUGAGACCUUUCUGGAAGAGGAGCCGGAGGAUCAGCAGAUUCCAGAGCUCACUGCAGAAGGUGUCCAGGCAGUGCGAAGACGGGGGAAGACAGCAGUGGAGUCCGCUGCCAAGCAUGCUGAGGCGCAGCUGAAGCGGGUGGUGGCAGACGCCAAACGCGCGGAGGCGAUGGUGCGUCGUGAGGUAGGCCGUGCCAUCGCAGAUGCGCGGGCGUAUUUGGAAGACACAGGCCAUCAGCAACAGGAGUUCUGGGCUGCCCGGCAGCGCAUGGCAGCCUUCUCCAGGGAGAGCUCAAAAGCCAAUGGCGAUGCGUCCAUGGAAUGCCUGGCCUUGCGCCUGGACAGUCUGGAGAUGCACCUGCGAGCGAGGUUGGAGGCCAAUGAGCGAGGCUUCGAUUCCAUCCAGCAGUGCGUCGACAGUCUGCAGUCCAUGCCCUCCCAAAUGGAGGGCCUUCUCGGCCAAGAGAUCGAGGGCGUACGCGUGGAACUGAAGGACUCGCAAGAAAAGCUCCGCCUGGAAAUCAGCCAAAUGGCGAGAGGGGAGAUGGAGCAAAAGGUGAAGCAGGCCAUUGCAGAGGUCCGCACAGAGAUAGCCACCACGCUGCAGCUGGAGGCCAAGCAGAUGCGGGAGGAGUUUGCGCGCUCACGCUCGGAUGAGGCAUACCGCCAGACCCUUCGCAUUCACGCUAUGGAGGAGCGAAUUGCAGCGAUGGAGAGUGGUGACGUGCCGGUAAACAAGCAUGGUGACGAGGCCAGUGGUGUGGUGGCGCAGCUCAAAGAAGGCCUGGAGGAGAUUGGGACCUCCCUGAUCAACCUGCGGAAAGAGAAUUUGCAGUCGCGGCUCGAGGCUCAAAGUGAGGUGAAGUCUUUGAGGAAGGAUCUGGAUGAGAUCGCCCGGCGCAUGACGGAGAGUUCUGCAGCAGACCUGGCGGACUUACACCAACGCUUUAAUUUGGUGGAGGAGAAGUUGCGCGUCGUCGAGUCAAGUUCGUGCGUGAAGACAGAGGCGACCAACGGCAUUGCGAAGGAUGGAGAGGCCAUGCAGAACCUCCACCGUCUCAAUGAUGUCCUGCAGGAGGUGGACAACAUGAAGCGGUGCUUAGAGGAGCUGGCUGUCCGCCUUUGCCAGGAAAGCAAGCAAGCCGAGCCGGGCGCGCGCAAUGUCCGACCACAGGCCCAGGCAACCUCCCCGCCAGCCUCCUAUGUGACCCCGCCCAUCGGCUCCUGGGUGGCUCCAAGGCAAGAUGCUGCAACACCUGGGCCGGUGGUGGGGCCGUCGAAAAGCGAGGCUCUGUCCAGCAAGAGCCGCCAGAUGUCACCUCCUUCAGUACACCGGGGAGUGGUGCAGCGAUCCGUGUCGGUGCCCAUGCUUCGGCCCUUUGACCCUCCCGGCUCAAUGGCGUAUGGCUUCCCAAACUCGCAGGGGCCGCAAGGGCCACAGGGCCUGACCAAUGGCAGCCUGAAGCUGCAGCCACAGCAAGGUUAUGUCAGGGCGGUAUCGCCGCAACAGCGAGCACCAUCACCGACGCCGAUGCAGAAGCCAGCGGAUUCACCGUAUGUUCGAUAUCGGCCAGUCAAGCUUCAGGCGUCCGGUACUGCAGUCCCUGGCCGGCCAGUCCGACGAUAAAUCUGGACAGCAGCUGCCACGAGUUCUUUUGGAUCGACUGUGAAACGGUUAGGCCAAUGUACGAAUUCACUUACAGAGAAUGGAUGAGAAUCAGCACACACGUCGCA